AUGAUGGAGAGGAAGAUACAGUUCCACAACAUUUCUCUGUAUGUGUUUCCUGCAGAUGUUGAGCAGCUGUUGGUGGUUAAAGAAGAGGUUCCCCCUGAGCAGCAGAAGUGUAGCUCCAGUGUGGACCAGCAGGAGCCAGAGCCCCCCCGACACAUUAAAGAGGAACUGUGGAGCAGUCAGGAAGGAGAGCAGCUUCAAGGGCUGGAGGAGGCUGAUAUCACCAAGUUCCCAUUCACUCCUGUCCCUGUGAAGAGGGAAGAUGAUGAAGAGAAAGCUCAAUCCUCACAGCUUCCUCAGAGACAAACUCAAGACAUGGAAACCGAAGCUGAUGGAGAGGACUGUGGAGGACCAGAACCAGCCAGGAACUCGCCUCCACAUCCACUUUUACAAUCAGAGACUAAGGACCGGACUGGAGACUCUUCUGAACCUGAGACUGAAGACAGUGCUGAUUGGAAGGAGACAAGAGAACAUCAGUCAGCUUUAAACUCUCUGAAACAUGAUUCAAGAUGUAUGAAAACAUUCAGCUGCUCUAAGUGUGGGAAAAUAUUUGGCCAAAAGGUACAUCUGAAGAGACACAUGAUUACUCACACAGGGGAGAAACCUUUUAGAUGCUCAGUCUGUAAGAAAUAUUUUACACAACGUGUACAUUUACAAAGACACAUGAGAAUCCACACAGGAGAGAAGCCUUUCAGCUGCCCUGAGUGUGGUAAAGCUUUCUCUGAUAGGGGAAUCCUGAAGACCCACAUGAUGACUCAUUCUGGAGAAAAACCUUUCAGCUGUUCAGUUUGUAAGAAAACGUUUUUAAUGUCUGGAAUUUUACGGUUACACAUGAGAAUCCACACAGGAGAAAAGCCUUUCAGCUGCAGUGUUUGUAAUACAUCUUUUCGACAUAGUGGAAGUUUACAGUCACAUAUGAGAAUCCACACAGGAGAAAAACCUUUUAGCUGCUCUGAGUGUGGUAGAGCUUUCUCUAUACGUGGAACCCUGAAGGCACACAUGAUAACUCAUUCUGGAGAAAAACCUUUCAGCUGCUCAGUCUGUAAGAAAUCUUUUACACAGAGAGGAAGUUUAAGGUCACACAUGUCAGUCCACACAGGAGAGAAAAGAUUCAGCUGCAGUGUUUGUAACAAAAGAUUUGCCUGGAGUUCUGAUGUCAAAAGACAUAAAUGUGUUGGUCAGAUGGAAACGGAAGCUGAUGGUGAGGACUGUUGAGGACCAGAACCAGCCAGGAACCCACAUCCACAUCUUUUACAACCAAAGACUGAAGACCUCACUGGAGACUCUUCUGAACCUGAGACUGAUGACAGUGCUGAUUGGAAGGAGACCAGAGAACCUCAGUCAGCUUUAAACUCUCUGAAACAUGAUUCAAGAUGUAAGAAAACAUUCAGCUGCUCCGAGUGUCGGAAAAGAUUUGGCCUCAAGACACAUCUGAUGAAACCCAUAACUCGCAGAAGAAAAACCUUUCAAUUGCUCAUUUUUGAUAAAGAAUUUGCAGAUAAGUAUUAUCUGAAUAUACACCUUAGUGUUCACACAGAAGACAAAGCUUUCAGCUGCUCUGAGUGUGGCGAAUCUUUAACUGAAAAUGGACACUUGAAGACACACAUGAGAACUCAUACUGCAGUGUUUGUGACAAAAGAUUCAACUGGUGCACCAGACUCAAAACCCAUCAGUCUAUAUGUAACGGCUUGUAUAUAGGUUCUGUUAAAUUUCUGCAUAAAUGCUCAUAAAUGGGGACAGCACCGUCUGCUGGCGUCACUUUCACAUUGCGCCGCUGCGCUAAAACUAACAAAUUAUGGGGAAUCCACUGCUGAACUCCUGAUAAUUGCAUGUUCAACGCUGCAAAGAAUUUUAGACAAAAUUCUUUAAAGCCCACCACACAAUAUUUUAUUUUACUGUAUUUGUUUUGUGAUGUAAUUUAGAGAUGAAUGUCGUUUGUUUGGCGUCAGGUGAGUCAUUAAUCUAAGCUGAAUGUUAAAUGUAGCUUAUUUUGCAUGGCUUCUAAUGCUAUUCCUCCAUCUGAUUUUAUGUGUGUUGUGUAGGGCUGUUUAUAAUUCUUCUUCUUCUUCUUCUUAUUAUUAUUAUUAUAAUAAUAAUAAU